UUGCAAUUCUACGACGGCCCGCAGGAGGCGCCCCGGGCCCUGGGACCCCCGAUCUGUGGCCUGACCAUCCCAGCCCCAUUCAUGUCCUCAGGGCCCUGGCUUGGCUUGCGCCUGGUCACCAGGGGCCGCCAACCCCGGGUGGACUUUUUGGGCGAGGUCACCUCUUUCCGCCUGGGUCCUUGCGGCAUCUACUUCCGCUGUCGGAAUGGUAGAUGUGUGCCCCGGAGCCUACUCUGUGAUAACUGGAACAUGGACAACUGUGGUGAUGGCAGUGACCAGGACUCUCGUCCCCCAGCCAGCUGCGGAGGUCCCUCUCUGAUGCCCAAGGAGACCACGACAAUGGAAAAUUACAGUUCCAAGCCUCUGACUCUCCUCGUGGCUCUUGGUUCUGCAGCUAAGCAAACUUCUCCGGCAGGUCUGGCGCCCGUCACACAAGAAGUGUUGGAAGGUCCCUGGCUCUGGUGGGUAGCUCUGGCCUCCUCGAUACUGCUGACCUGCACUGGCCUCCUUUGGUGCUGCUGCUGCCUAGGUUGGCUGGCCUGGCACCCAGAUGCCCACAGGCUUCGCCUCAGGUGUUGUGCAGCUUGUAAUGUUUGUCACCAAUGCCCUGGCCGGGUGGCUCCUGGAGGUCUGUGGCUGAGCUGGCCGGCCUUCCAGAACCAGGGAGAUCAUCGUUAGGGGGCUGUAGUUAUCUGGGGUAUGACAGGCCUGGGUUUUAAGCUCUGUUAGUUAGCUGACUUGGAAGAGGUCACUCAGUUCUUUGAAUGUCAGUCUGCCUCUCCGAGAAAUGGGCCAUGUCCUGUUUCCCAAAUGAGGUAAAGGCUGCAGAAAGCAGAAGGAUCAGGCAAGCCUGGUCUACAUAUCGAGUUCUAGGACAGCCAUGACUACAAAG